CUUUCCAGUGUUAUAUCGCACGUUCGAUGAAGCUUCGGCUGAAUUCGUGCAACGAGUAUGGGAUUGACGAUGUUUCGGCAGAGUCUUUCUCAUAUGUUGUGGGACGCACCGUCGGCAUGCCGGCGCAGGUUUCGGGAAGCCUUCUUUUCGGAGAGGGCGAGCCCCGUUGCUUAAAAACGUCAUGUUCUAAGCAGUGGAAAAAAAAUGCAAGGAUUUCCGUUCCCAACUUUUUUUUUUGAAGCCGACCGACUUGCUCGAUUAUCGUGGCUUAGGUUUGUUGGUCGAACACUCGAUUCCCGCCCCUCACCUUCUCUCUUACAUUAACCAUGGGCAAAGAUAAGCGUUCUUCCGGACGAGCACAGCGACAUGACCCUCUUCAUGCUGAAUUGGUCGACACACCCGAUCAGGGAAUUCGCCGUAAAGCCGUUCGGCAAAAGUUUGUUGACAGGAACGGACAAGAAGAAGUCGAAGAGGAAUACUUGGAUUCGAAAAUGUCAAAAAGAGUUUUAAAGAUGGCACGAGAGCAACAAGAACAAAUUGAAGGCAAACCUUCCUCAGCUACUACUGCAGCACCACAAUUUCCACUUGGAUUUGAUCCAAGCGACGACGAAGAUUUGGAUGAUGUCGACAAAUAUGGCGAAUACGAGGAACUAGAGAUCGAGGAAGAGGAUGCAGAUGUGUUGCAGCAAUUUUUACCCACAGCACCACUUCAAAAGAAAACGUUGGCGGAUUUGAUUAUGGAGAAGAUCAAUGAAAAGAAUGCCAUGGAUGCUCAAGGAGAAGGUUGUGAAGGUGGUGAGGAGGCUAUGCCUGAAAUGAAUCCCAAGGUGGUCGAGGUUUAUACAAAGGUGGGUCAACUGUUGAGUCGAUACAAGUCUGGCAAAUUGCCCAAGGCGUUCAAGAUCAUCCCAUCGCUCGGCAACUGGGAAGAAAUAUUGUAUCUGACACGACCUGAAAGCUGGAGCCCACACGCCACAUACGAAGCCACGCGCAUGUUUGUUUCCAACUUGAAGCAGGAGCAGGUGCAACGAUUCUUGAGCUUGGUGUUGCUCGAUCGCGUUCGUGAUGAUAUCCAGGAAAACAAAAAGCUCAACUAUCACUUGUACAUGGCCAUGAAAAAGGCCCUUUACAAGCCUGCACCAUUCUUCAAGGGCUUCUUGUUCCCGCUCUGCGAGACUGGCACAUGUACGCUGAAGGAGGCCGCCAUUGUCGGCAGUGUCUUGUCCAAGGUGUCGAUUGCUGUCUUGCACUCGUCGGCUGCUUUGUUGCGGUUGGUUCAGAUGGACUACACGGGUCCCAACAGUCUGUUUAUUCGUAUCUUGCUCGACAAAAAGUAUGCCCUGCCCUACAAGGUGAUUGAUGGCCUCGUCGAACAUUUCCAGCGGUUCCGCAACGAUUCCCGAGAAAUGCCCGUCUUAUGGCAUCAGUCCUUGUUGGUGUUUACACAGAGAUACAAGCAGGAUAUGAUCCCUGAGCAGAAAGAAAUCAUUUUGGAUGUUGUCAAGCACAAGUUCCAUGCCGAAAUCACUCCAGAAAUCCGACGUGAGAUUGUACAUUCAGCACCUCGCGACGACAUUCAGCACGAUUACGACUCUGACGUGAUGAUGGAUUAAAUCUCUUUUCGAUAGUUGUAGCAUCCCUUUUCUUACUAAAUUCUUACUGUAAUCUGGCAUUUUCUUCUUUUCUCCUUGUCCUCCUUCUGAUCACACGCAUAUACAUUCUGUCGUCUCUCUCCCCCUCUUCAUGUACAAAAACAUUUUAUAUAUAUCAACAACAUGUCU